AUUCAAGCGCCUUGUCCGGUAUAUACCGGAAUACGGUAUUUAGUGUGGUAUCAAAAUGGCUCCCGUUGAUCCAGCUACGGCUUACCUAGUGUCAGCAGCUAUUAUUGUGGUUAUAUUAAUUGCUGUCUCAAUUUUUUGUGGAGAUAAAAAAAAAAAGACAGGAAAUGAGCAGAGUACAGGGCAGGCAGCUCAAGCUGGGGCAAGACCUAGAGCGAGAGAAGGUCCUGGUGGGAGAGCAGUAAGGAGACGUGGUAACCGUGGUAACAGAAUGCAGAUUAGAGAUGAUGACUCAGAUGAAGACUUUGUACCAGGCCCUGAGGAUGAUGAAGAUGGAGAAAAUAUAUUUGAUGAAUUUGGACAGUCAGAAAAAUCAAUAGGUGCUAAAAAAUUGAGAAAAUUACAAGACAAAGCUGAGAAAAAAAGACAAAGAGAGAUGGAAUUACAAGAAAGAGAAGAACGAAAAGAGAGAGAAAAGAAAUUGGAAGCUCAGAGGAAAAAAGAAGAAGAAAGAGAGAAAAUUGAGGAAGAAGCAAGGGCUGAAGAAGCAAGAAUUCUAAAAGAAGAGCAAGAAAAGCGCGAGCAUGAAGAAUAUCUCAAGAUGAAGGAAAUGUUCUCCGUAGAUGAGGAAGGUGAGAGUGAGCAAGCAGGUGAUCUUGAUGUAAGUAUGAUACAUGCUGUCUGUGAAAAUAAGGGUUUCAACAUAAGUAAACAAUAAUUUUUUCAGGAUAUGAAGGUUGUUAUGCUUGAAGAUCUUGCUUCUCAUUUUAAAAUUAAAACCCAGGACUGCAUCAAUAGAAUACAAGAGUUACAAGCAGACGGUCGCCUUACAGGUGUGGUAGAUGACCGCGGGAAAUUCAUUUAUAUAACAAUGGAGGAAUUAGAAUCUGUGGCAAAGUUUAUACGACAACAUGGACGUGUAUCUAUAGCGGAACUGGCCGAGUCCAGUAAUAGGCUGAUUAACCUGAAUCCUGAUAACGCUGAUAUACAUAAAAAACUAAUUGUUGGUGACCACGAGGCAGAAAUUAUCGAGGUUUCCUAGAACUUUGUUUUGAGAUAUACAUAGAAUGCAUUGUGAAAUUUUCAAAGGAUAACUUCCAGAUGAGAUUUGUAUAACAUGAUUGACAGAGUGAUAAAAUAAGUGUUAAAUUAUAGACCAGAAAAAUUUAGGGUUAAAGAUGGCUUAAAUUACUAGACUGUAAAACAGCAUAAAUUUGUAUUUCAUCAACAUCUAUAAAUGUAUGUAUGAUAUUAUGCAUUGUAAUUAGUCAUAUUGUAUGCAAUGUUUUGAGAAAUUAUAAUGUUAUAUGAAAUUAAUGAAAGUGAUUUACAUAUAGA